UUUCUCGCCAGAUUUACCAGCUUGUGGUUUCUUUAAUAUCGUCGGUGUUUAGGAUUAAGGGACAACGCCACUACUUACAAUUAUUACUUAAUCCGUAUGGUGGUGGAACUCGUGGAGGUAAAACUCGUGGGUCUGGGUCGUUCACUAGGGGUGGAAAGGGGAGUCAGUACGGUAUCUUUUCUAUCUUUUCUGCUAGUUCUUUGGAGACCUACGUAUUUUUAAGCUUUUUUUUACCAGAUAGAGCUGGCCGAAAUAUUGGUGAUAUGCUAAAACCUAUCGAUUGGGACCAAGAGAACUUACGCCCCUUGCAGAAGAAUUUUUACCGUCAGCAUAAAGCAGUUAGUGCUAGAAAUGAAUAUGACAUCAAUCUUUGGUACCAAGAGAAUCAGGUAACUUUGGAGGGCAAAGAAAUACCUCGUCCAGUAUUCGAAUUUGCUGAAGCAAAUUUCCCUGGCGAAAUUGCUAAUAUUCUCUAUGCAAAUUUUCAAAAGCCUACCACGAUCCAGUCGAUUUCUUGGCCAAUUGCCAUGAGUGGGAGAGAUAUAGUUUCUAUAGCUAAAACAGGGUCAGGAAAAACUUUGUCGUUUAUUUUGCCUGGUAUCAUGCAUACACUCGGACAACCACCGCGUAGUCAUCAUGAGGGACCGUCGGUCUUGGUUCUACUUCCGACUCGUGAGUUAGCACAGCAGGUGCAAGAAGUUGCGAAAGAUUAUUGUGCUGCGAUGGGUCUGUCAUUAACAUGUUUAUUUGGCGGCUCACCGAAAGUUACACAGGCACGUGACCUUAAGAAAGGUGUCGAUAUAGUAAUAGCAACUCCCGGUCGUUUGAACGAUUUCUUAGAAGUACGGGCAACUAGUCUAAGGAGAUGUUCAUAUCUUGUUUUGGAUGAGGCAGAUAGAAUGCUUGACAUGGGUUUUGAACCGCAGAUAAGAAAGAUAGUCUCUCAGAUACGGCCAGAUAGGCAAACGUUGAUGUUUUCGGCCACUUGGCCCAAAGAAGUUCAUAAUCUGGCAAGGGAUUUUUUGAUUGAUCCUGCGAAGUUAACGGUUGGUUCGUUGGAACUUGCAGCCAAUCACAACAUCACUCAGGUUGUUGAAGUUAUGAAUGAGUCUGGGAAGCAACGUCGUUUAAUGACACUCCUGAAUGACAUUAUGAACCAGCCUGAGUGCAAAACUCUUAUCUUUGUGGAAACGAAAAGAAAAGCAGAUAACUUGACGAGGUUCAUGCGUCGCGAUGGUUGGCCAGCUCUCUGCAUUCAUGGCGAUAAGGGACAGUCGGAACGUGAAUGGGCUCUUUCAGAGUUCAAAACUGGGAAAGUACCGAUAUUGCUUGCUACUGACGUUGCUGCGCGGGGUUUGGAUGUUGACGACAUAAAAUUUGUCAUAAAUUAUGAUUACUCGAAUAAUUCUGAAGAUUACGUACAUCGCAUUGGUAGGACAGGCCGUUGUGAGAAAAAGGGUACAGCGUAUACGUUUUUUACUCCUGACAAUGCGUCGAAAGCUAGAGAUCUCAUUAAAGUAAUGGAGGAGGCAAAUCAGACAGUUCCGGAUGCUCUGUACGAGAUUGCGAAAAGUUACAACUCGUACAGCAACAAUGAUUAUUACGGGGCCAAAAGGCCUCGGUUUGAUAAUUUUGGAAGUCGACAGAAUGGAGGUCGUUAUGAGCCGUGGUGA